AUGAGACGUCACAUUGCUCUUUUUGUCGGCCUGUCUACUGUAGCUAGGUCGCAGACUCAUGGCGAAGAAGCCGCUAAAGAGAUGGGCCCUGCGGCGUUCCUGUGGCCGCCGGACCGGACGUGGAGUGCAGCAUACGACAACAACUCUCCCUGCGGGUCAGCGUCUGGCGUGGCCAACAGAACUCAGUUUCCCCUUGUGAACGGCCAACUCGCGCUCGUCAUCCAAGACGAGUCCUGGAAUGUGCAAAUCGCCAUCUCUGACAGGAAUAACCCUACGAGCAACAGUGACUUUGAGACAAUCGUCUCCGAGGCCCGCAUCAGCGAUGUUGACCCCGGACACAUGUGCUACCCCGUCCCCAACCCCGGCGUCGACACGGAGGAAGGAAUGAACGCCACUUUCCAGAUCAAAUAUACUUCUGAUUUUGACACAGACAAGAAUGAGACAUACUAUGCUUGCGCGGAUAUCACGUAUGUCCCGGCGAGCAAAUUCACCUAUCAAGUUCCUUGCUUCAAUGUAACGGUUGAUGAGUUCACUCCAACGAACGGCACAGAGUCUAACUCCACCUCGUCGGAUAAUGAUACGACUGAUUCUAACGGCGCGUCAGCCUCGGGUUCUGACGGCAACACCAGCUCAUCUCGUGGCUCGUCUGGUCUCUCUGGGGGCGCUAUCGCCGGGAUAGUCGUCGGCUGCGUGGCUGCUGCCGUCAUCGCGGCUGUUCUUCUCUUCGGAUACAGGAGAUUGCUUCAGAAGUAUCGGUCUCUUCGUCAGAAAACGUCUGUUAGAAACGUUGAUUGGGAGGCGGCAGAGGCUGGGAAGCCUGCCGCUGAUGGUUCCUCCGGCUCUUCGUAUGGCUUGCGGAAGCUUAAGUAG